AUGAAGUCGCCGACGUCGCUUGCGCUGUUUACCGCGGCCGUCACGCUUGCUGUCGCCAAUGCCGAGUACUUCACCGGUGACGGUACGGCCUACACGCUUGGCGAUACCUCCUCCAGCAACUGUAACAUGAUGUCAUCGCUCGGUUUCGCCACCACCGACUACGCCGCGCUGAACAACGACCAGUGGAGCGGACUGCAGAACUGCGGCCGCUGUGCCGAGGUGAGCUGCGACGAUGACCGCUGCGUCGACAAGACCAAGUCGGUCGUGGUGCAGAUCCUCGACCGUUGUCCCGAGUGCAAGCACGGCGACCUGGACCUGUCGCCGUCGGUGUUCAAGACGCUGACGGGCUCGGACCCGUCGCGCUACACGAUCAAGUGGAAGUUCGUGGACUGCCCCGUGACGGGCAACGUCAACUACUGUCUGAAGGGUGGCAGCAACAACUACUGGACGGCCAUCCAGCCGACGAACGUGGCGACCGGCAUCAAGAGCCUGCAGAUCAACGGCAAGGCUACCAAGAUGCUGGACGGAGCGUACUACUACCUGCUCGACGGUGCUGGUUCUGCGGUGGCGGACCUUUCUAAGGUCACCGUAUCAUUGACGGACAUCAACGGCGUAUCGAUGAAGGACACGGUGAGCUUGAGUGCCGGUUCGUGCACGAAGGGUACCAAGCAAUUUCCAACUUCGGGUGGUUCGUCUCAGUCAACGGUUGCACCAGCGUCGAAUACGUCUACCCCCACAUCCCCACCGGCAACAGUUCCAACGCGGACACCCGUGCCGACGCAGACCCCAAGGCCUCAAACGCAGUAUCCAGGCGUGACUCCUCAAGCUCCAUCUUCGACUGCACCGACGCCGACUGCCACUACUGCAUCGCCGAUCCAGCAAGAUCCUCAACAACAGCAGGAGCAGCAGCAGUACCAGUGGGGUGGAUACGGAACCUACUAA